UUUAUUCACCACUGCAAAAGCUAAGUUCAUUAGGGUUUAGGCAAAGAAAACUGGUUUUUGAAGAUGUUGCAAGAUGUGUGGAAUGCUCCACCUGGAUUCAAGCCUUCUAAAUCUGCCCCUACUUCUCCGGCAAAGCCUCUCGGGGUUUUGAGAACUCGAUCCGAGUCCUUCCAUGCCAUCCACAAAGUCCCAGUUGGUGACUCCCCUACCCCUUAUGUUAGAGCCAAGAAUGUUCAAUUGGUAGAAAAGGAUCCAGAGAGGGCGAUUCCUCUGUUCUGGGCAGCCAUUAAUGCAGGGGAUAGAGUGGAUAGUGCUCUGAAAGAUAUGGCUAUUGUGAUGAAGCAACAAAAUAGAGCUGAAGAAGCCAUUGAAGCUAUCAAAUCACUACGUAGUAGAUGCUCAGAUCAAGCACAGGAGUCUCUGGAUAACAUUCUAUUAGAUCUCUACAAGAGAUGUGGAAGAUUGGAUGACCAAAUAGCAUUAUUGAAGAACAAGUUGUAUUUGAUUCAACAAGGGCUGGCUUUCAAUGGGAAACGCACUAAAACAGCCAGAUCUCAAGGGAAGAAAUUCCAGGUGUCUGUGGAACAAGAAGCAACUCGGUUUCUGGGAAACUUGGGAUGGGCAUUGAUGCAGCAAAACAAUUAUGUAGAAGCCGAAGAUACGUAUCGGCGGGCACUUUCGAUUGCUUCUGAUAAUAACAAGAUGUGUAAUCUGGGUAUUUGUUUGAUGAAGCAAGGUAGAAUCACUGAGGCUAAAGAAACUUUGCGAAGAGUGAAGCCGGCUGUGGCCGAUGGACUAAGAGGGGUUGAUUCACAUCUCAAGGCCUAUGAGAGGGCACAACAGAUGCUCAAGGACCUUGAGUCAGAGAUGAUGAAUAGGGUCGAACAAAGCCGGGUCUUCGACGCCUUCCUUGGUUCUUCAUCGAUUUGGCAGCCUCAGCCUUGCAGCGAUACCAUCAGCUUGCCUACAGCAAAAGCAGUCAAAUCAUUGGCACAUGAUAAUUUUGCUGAUGAGAACAUCAAUUCCAAUAUAAUGGCAAACCAGAUGGCGAUUCCUCAGCAGAAAAGUGCAAAAACAGUUGUUUUUAAUAUCGAUGCACCACCGUUCUAUUCAUCAAAACUCGUGAAGGAGCAUGUUGUUGGGAAUCAAAUGCAUGAGACCCUUAAAAGAACAAGGUCAGGGAACUCUGCUAGCUCUAUGAGAGUGAAUGAAAUGGUGGGAGACUUCUACACCAAGCUUUACCCUGCUGAAAUGGAGAAACAAGAGAUUAAGACCAGAAGGCUCUCCCCUUCAUCUGAAGAGAAAGGAGAAAAAUUGGCAGAUUUAUUACCCGAUAGCAAAGACUUUGAAGAGGCUAUCAUUGCAGCAGUUCUUGAACCAGGGAAGGGGACUGAAACCCCAAAGAUCUUUCGAAAGAAAAUUGACAAGAGGCUUAAGGUUUUCCAAGAUAUUACUCUUUCUUUGAGUCCUAGAGCCUGACCUUAACCUGUUAACUAUCUUAAUCUAAUUUAUUUUCUUAAAUUGUUCUGUUAUGUUGGAGAUGAACUUGUUCUCCGA